AUGCGAGUGGGCGCAGGGGACGCCCUCAUAGGCCAGGACAUCGACGGGGCGAUGGCCGGCAUUUCCGGCGGCGAGCGGCGGCGCGUGUCGGUUGGCAUCAGCCUCGUGACGGAUGCGCGCGUGAUUUUCUUGGACGAGCCGACCACCGGGCUAGACUCUGAGAGCGCUGAGUCACUCGUGGGCGUGCUCGCCAGGCUGGCUUCUGCCAGGGGCAAGAUGGUGGUGUGCACAAUCCACCAGCCCAGCAGCGAUGUGUGCGCAAUGUUUGACGACAUGCUGCUGCUGGCCAAGGGCCGCCUUCUCUACUGCGGGCCCUGGACCUCUGCUGACAACCACUUCUGGGCUGCCGGAUACAAAGGCAAUUUUAUGGUCACAGGAAUGCUGGACAAGAUUGCGAUGUCUAUUUCUGCCUUGAGCACGAAUGCAGAGCCGGAGAGGCCGGGAGCAUCUAUUGUCCGUCAGGUGGCGAUCCUGUCAGCAAGAUUUGCGCGAUCAUGGCUUCGGAGCCCGGCCAGCCUGGGCAUGCCGGCUGCCCAGUAUCUUUUGGCUGCCUUACUAAUAGGCAACAAUGCGCUGAACAUUGCGUACGCACAGAAGCCGCUGCUGAGGCGAGAGGUGCACGCGGGCCACUACAGCUACUUGGCCUUCUACACAGCAAAUUGCCUGACCUCCCUGCCUCUGCAGCUGGCCUACACUGCCAUCUACACGAUCACCGUCUACUUCCUGGUGGGCUAUCAGCGGACCUGCGCCAAGUUUAGCGUGUUUUCAGCCAUAGCUCUUCUGCUAGGGCUCAUCAGCGAGACUCUGGGCAUCCUAUGCUCGGGGCUCUUUCGCUCCCAGCUGCUCGGCGCCAUUGUGCUUCAGGGCCUCUAUGUGCCGCUGCUCAUGUUUGUCGGCUUCUUUCAGACGCACACACCGGCGUACCUGGAGUGGCUACGGGAGCUGUCCUUUGCAUCCUAUGGCUACAGCGCCCUGGUGAAGAACGAAUUCAUGGGGCUGCAGCUGCGCAGCGGGGAUGCUGUGGUGGUCACCAACGCGGAGACGUCUAUUCCAUCCAACAUAGAGUCCGAGCACAGCAUUGCAAGCAGCAUCGGCGUGCUGCUGUGCAUCCUUGUCGGCUUGCGGAUAGUUGUGUAUGUUCAGAUGUGCAUCUCCAUCAGGCGCAAAUUUCUGUGA